UGCUCAGUGUAGCAGAAUUGCAGUGCACUGGACUGGACAGAACCGGGAAGCAUCCAUACUGUCAGUGAGGGUGGGGUCCGGCUGCACAGAGAGACAAACACACGGAGGGAAAAAGGAAUAAAGAGAGAAGAGGAGGGCGAGCACCAGAAGAGGAACACAACAAGGGAUGAAAGGAGACACCCCUGUGAACAGCACCAUGAGUGUCGGUCAGGCAAGGAAGCUGGUGGAACAGCUGAAGAUCGAAGCUAGUUUCUGUCGGAUCAAGGUAUCGAAGGCAGCUGCGGACUUGAUGGCUUACUGCGAUGCCCACGCCUGUGAGGACCCCCUCAUCACCCCUGUGCCCACCUCAGAGAACCCCUUCAGGGAGAAAAAGUUCUUCUGUGCUCUCCUCUGAGCAGGAAAUCAGCAAGCAUCGAAUUAGCCUCAUUUAGAUGAUUGAUUUGUGUAUGCUCAUCACACACACACACACACACACACACACACACACACAACUCCAAAAAUGUGAGUUUUAAAUUUCUGGUUCUGGAAUUUGAUCAUGUGACUGUGGUCAAGGCUAAACAUCCAUAAUGUGUGAGGACAUUUUGUGCUACACUGUUUUUCGUGUUCUAUGAGAGACACUAAGUCUCAAUUUUAUUAGGCAGGUGUGGAUUAGAUAGAACGUAAUGACGCAAAUAUAACUAUCCUAAAUGGUGUAUAUGGUGAACACACACAUACGACACACACAUAUGCAAGCACAUGAUUUUUCUAACCAAUGAAAAUGAAACAAGUUUUGCGGUUGGAUGUUUUAUUAU